AUGAGCUUCACCACUCGCUCCACCUCCACCAACUGCCGGUCCGUGGGCUCCGUCCGGGUGCCCAGCUACGGCACCCGGCCGGUCAGCAGCACGGCCAGCGUCUAUGCAGGAGCCGGAGGCUCUGGUUCCCGCAUCUCCGUGAUGCGCUCUGCCAGCUUCCAGAGCAGUAUGGGGGUCGGGGGCCUGGCUGCGGGGAUGGCCGGGGUUCUGGCAGGAAUCGGAGGCAUCCAGAACGAGAAGGAGACCAUGCAAAUCCUGAACGACCACCUGGCCUCCUACCUGGACAGAGUCAGGAGCCUGGAGACCGAGAACCGGAAGCUGGAGAGCAAAAUCCGGGAGCACCUGGAGAAGAAGGGACCCCAGGUCAGAGACUGGGGCCAUUACUUCAAGACCAUCGAGGACCUGAGGGCUCAGAUCUUCGCAAAUACUGUGGACAAUGCCCACAUCGUUCUGCAGAUUGACAAUGCCCGUCUUGCUGCUGAUGACUUUAGAGUCAAGUAUGAGACAGAGCUGGCCAUUCGCCAGUCUGUGGAGAUCGACAUCCAUGGGCUCUGCAAGGUCAUCGAUGACACCAAUGUCACUCGGCUGCAGCUGGAGACAGAGAUCAAGGCUCCCAAGGAGGAGCUGCUCUUCAUGAAGAAGAACGAUGAAGAGGAAGUAAACGGCCUACAAGCCCAGAUUGCCAGCUACGAGUUGACCGUGGAGGUAGAUGCCCCCAAAUCUCAGGACCUCGCCAAGAUCAUGGCAGAAAUCUGGGCUCAAUAUGAUGAGCUGGCUCAGAACCGAGAGGAGCUGGACAACUACUGGACUCAGCUGAUUGAGGAGAGCACCACAGUGGUCACCACACGGUCCACUGAGGUUGAAGCUGCUGAGAUGACGCUCACAGAGCUGAGACGUACAGUCCAGUCCUUGGAGAUCGACCUGGACUCCAUGAGAAAUACGAAGAUCAGCUUAGAGAACAGCCUGAGGGAGGUGGAGGCCCACUACACCCUGCACAUGGAGCAGCUCAAUGGGAUCCUUCUGCACCUGGAGUCAGAACUGGCACAGACCCUGGCAGAGGGACAGCGCCAGGCCCAGGAGUACGAGGCUCUGCUGAACAUCAAGGUCAAGCUGGAGACUGAGAUCGCCACCUACGGCCGCCUGCUGGAAGAUGGUGAGGACUUCAGUCUUAGUGAUACCCUGGACAGCAGCAACUCCAUGCAAACCAUCCAAAAGACCACCACCCACCGGACAGUGGAUGGCAAAGUGGUGUCUGAGACCAAUGACACCAAAGUUCUGAGACAUUACGCCAGCAGAAGCAGGGGACCCUUUGGGGAGCAGGAAGCCAAUAAAAAGUUCAGAGGUCAAAAAAAAAAAAGAAAAAAUAGCCAGACCCAGCUUCUAAAACUGUUCUUCUGCCUCCCUUCCUACUCACCAACUCCCUUUGCUACUGUCAAUGGCACUGAAGUCCCAGCCUGCUUGGUUGGGGCAGUUAAAUCCUUCUCAGUCACCUUCCACCAGAGGUUAAGGCAGGACCCCUUUGCCUGCAGCUCUGCAGUGUCAUGGGGUGUCCCUUAUGCUGUGCUGAAGUACAGGAUCCAAGAAGUAAAGAGACAGGACACUGAAGAACUGGUGAAGAGCAACUGGACUCAGCGGGCCACGCGACCUAUGAGUCAUGUUCAUCGCAUCGAAGAGGAGGGAUUCCUCUCCACUAAUGACAAACUGCCAGGACGCACCAGUGCAUCGUUCUGCUUCACGUUGACAAAACAUCUUGGCCUGCAGAGUGGAAGGACCUGCAAUCCAGACACAAAGCCAUCAUCCUCCACUCUUAAGAGGUCCAUCAUCUUCCAACAG